GGCCACGUCGCCGGCGCGCGCCGCCUCUCCGCGCGCCGCGUCCCUCCGCCGCGAGCUCUGUCAGUCCGCUCCGCGGUGUUGCGUUAUGCGCUGGUGUAUCUCAUGUUCCCGAGCCCGAACGGCGAGUGUCCGACCUCUGUAACCGACCGUUUAUGACAUUCGACAACCCCGCCCUGUGCAUUUUUCCGAGUUGCAUUUCGAUCAGUGCGAAGAGUACGUCGGCUGCGAGCGAUCCGUGCCGGUGUCGUCGGCUCCUCCCGCGUUUAUUUAUGUUGUCGUUUUGGUGUGGUGAAUAUUUGUGUUGUACGGACGAUAACCGUAUUAUCUGUGCGAUCGAGUCAAGUGGAUAUUUUUAACGAUCGACGGCUUUUCGCGAAGGUACGUACAAAGGACACGAUGGGCGGGUAUUGGGAGCCAUCUCGCAUAUGCUAAUAUCGUUGUCUCGUGAAUCGGAUGCGGCGCGGGCGCCAGCGUGCCAUGCAGUGUUAGUAUCGACCAUGGUGGGCGUGGGCGUCGCGGAGGGUGGCGGGGGCGGCGGCGGCCCCGGCGACGGCUACUACGGAGAGUACUACCCUCCCGAACAGUACUACGUGCCGCAGGAGAUGUGUCCUCACCCCUCGCAGCAUCCUCAGCACGCGCAUAUGUGCACCGUGCUCCCUGAAUAUGGUGGCAUGCCCGUAGUGCCAUCAGGCACAAUGAUGCCGCCCAUGAUGCCGCCCGUGCUGGACGAGAGCAUGCGCCACUACCUGGUGCAUGCGCAGGCGCACCCCCACCACGCCGCGCACCAUCAGCCGCAGCACCACCAGCCGCCGCAUCACCAACCACCGCCUCAUCAUCAGCCGCCACACCAUUACGCUCCUACUAAUGGUACCGGGGGUCCACAACAUUACUACAGUACUGGGUAUCCACCACAUUUCCACCAUGUCCCACACCAUAUGCAGCAUUCCCCACCGCCGCCGGCAGUCUUCCAGAAGGACGAGAGGACCCAGCGACAGUACUCUAAGCUAAAACAGAAACUAGAACGGAAGCAGACCAAUAGGAAUAAUGGCAUUGAUGCUAACUCGGGUGCUAGUACUCCGUCGCUCUCGCCACGUAAGGAAAUAAAUGGGCGCGCCGGCAGUAGUAGCGGCGCGAGCAGUGGCGGCAGUGGUGCGAGCAGUGGCAGCAGCCUGCCGAGCAGUGGGCCCAGCAGCGGUGCAAGCGCGGGCUGUGCCGGCAGCGGCGGUACCACCUCGUCCGGGGCCUGGUCGGAGGAGGGAGAAGCCUCGUCCGCCGAAGCCUCCGUGCAAGGCGAUGGCUCGUCCGCCGCCGCCUCAGUACAAGGCGAUGCCGAGCCCGAAGAUGAAACUGACGCCCAAGCUAUACUUGACAUGUUUGCUGCCAGACGCACACCACAGAUUACUGACGUCUCAUCGACCAGCGCUCUAGUGAUUUGGAAUCUGCCAGUCCCAGAAGAUGUCAUAGUUCCAAAUGGCGAGUUAACGUAUGACUUGCUUCUGGCUGAUCGUGGAGGCCGAUACAAAGCUAUUUACAGCGGGCAGAGCCUUACCUGCAGGGUAAGAGAUCUGAAGCCGGGCUACGAGUACUCAGUAUGCCUGCAGAUCCGCGCCGGAAAGCUAGAAACGACGAGUGCUUCGGCGACGUUCCGUGCGCCGGCGGCGCGGCCCGAGCAGAUGGCGGCGCCGCGCGUGACGCAGCGAGCCCGCACGUCGCUGCAGCUGCGCUGGGCCGCCGCCGCCGACAACGGCGCGCGCCUGCUGCACUACGUGCUCGAGAUGGACGACGGCGACGGCUUCGUGGAGAUCAGCCGUCCGCGCACUCGCCAGCACACCGCCAACAACCUGCGGCCGCAGACUCGCUACCGAUUCCGCAUCGCCGCCGUCAACGACUGCGGGCGCGGCGAGUGGAGCGAGGAGACGGUCGCCUGGACCACGGGCUCGCCCCCGCCCGCCCCCGCGCCUCCCGCCCUCACCUCCGCCACCAACGAGUCCUUGGUGCUGGGCUGGGAGCGUCGAUCCGACGAAGAGUUUACGUUACAAAUGGACGACGCGGCUCGCGGUCACGGGUUCCUCCCCGUGUACUCGGGCCCCGACAGAACUUACGUGUGCACUGGUCUCCAUCGCGCCACAGACUAUCGUUUUCGUCUCCGCUGUGAAACUGUCGACGGCCAAGGACCCUGGUCCGUAGAAGUCACGUACCGAACGCUUCCCGAGCGCCCUGGCCCGCCUGGCCGGCCUACGUCUCGCGGUCGAAUUCAUUCCCGCGCAUUUCGCCUUCGUUGGGAACAACCCGUGGACGACGGCGGCGCUGCAGUAGAUUGUUACACCCUCGAGCUCGACGCCGGCGAUGGAUAUCGGCCUGCUUACCGAGGCCCAGAGCGCGAGGCGCAUUGCGACCGCCUGCUGCCCGGCACGCCGUACCGCGCGCGAGUGCGCUGCAGCAACGAGGCCGGCCUCAGCGACUGGUCCGCCGCCGAGACCGUCACCACCGAGGCCGCCGCGCCCGCCGCGCCGCCCGCGCCCGCGCCCGCCGCCGAGCCGCGCAGCACGCUCGUGUCGCUGCGCUGGCGCCCGCCCGACUGCACCGGCGGCGCGCCCCUCACCGACUACCGCCUCGAGAUCCUCGAGGCGCAGGAUCCCGAGGGGGCCGCCCGCCUCGCCUACCAGGGGCCCGAGUGCGAGUGCAUAGUGCGCGACCUUAUGCCCGGCCGGCUCUACCACACGUGGGUCACGGCUCACAACAGGGUGGGCGCUAGUCCCUCAUCCCCAGCUCUCAUCUUCGCGACAGCCCCGGCGCCACCGGAUGCACCGGACACACCGACCGCACAAUUAGAAGGCGCUCGUGCCGCGAGGCUCGAGUGGAGUCCACCGCGAGACAACGGCGCGUCUAUUCUCGAUUACCGCCUGGAAAUGAGUUCCACGAAUGUCGACGACGCAUUCUCAGAAGUAUACAGGGGUGCAGACACUAGCUGUCUGGUCAGUCGCCUCGUGCCGUUCUCGCCGUACUUCUUCCGAGUGUGCGCGAGCAACGCGGCGGGGCGCGGCGCGUGGUCGGGCGUGCGCGACGUGCUGACACCCCGCGCCCCGCCCGCCGCGCCCGCCGGCCUGCGCCACGAGGCCACGGCCGACAGCCUGCGCCUGCAGUGGCGCCCGCCCGCCGCGCACGGCGCGCCGCUGCUGCGCUACCGCGUGGAGGUGGGCGACGCCGCCUACGACACCGAGGGCCCCGCGCCCGAGCGCGUGGUGCGCGGCCUGGCGCCCGACACCGUGUACCGCGUGCGCGUGGCCGCGCUCAACGAGCUGGGCCUGGGCGAGUGGUCGGACGAGGCCCGCGCCGCCACCCGCCCGCCGCCGCCCGCGCCUCCCGCGCUGCGCUGCGUGCAGGCGCAGCACAACCACCUGCGCCUCGAGUGGCCGGCUGCCGGCGGCGAGGGGGCCACCUACUGCGUCGAGAUGCGCUCGCUCGACGCGAGAGACUUCCGACCCGUGUACCGGGGCUCGGCUCGCUCGUGCAAGGUGAAGAAGUUGCGCGAGGCGACUACGUAUGCGUUCCGGAUACGAGCCAGCGACGAGCGCGGCGGGCGCGGCGCGUGGUCGGAGCCGCUGGAGGCCGCCACCAUCACCGCGCCGCCGCCCGCGCCCCGCGCGCCCACCGUCACGCAGCCGGCGCCGCGCUCCGCGCUCGUGUCGUGGGACCCGCUCGACGACGCGGAGUACCUGCUGCAGUGCGCUCGCGCUAGGGAUGCCGCCUAUAAGCAGGUGUACUCGGGCAGCGAGACGCAGUUCCAGCUGGAUGAGCUGGAGGCGGGCGCGGAGUACCUGGUGCGCGUGUGCGGCGUGCGCGGCGGGCUGGCGGGCGCGUGGUCGCCGGCGGCGCGGCUGGCGGUGCCGGCCGGGGCCCCCGCCCCGCGGCCGCGCCGCGCCCGGCCCGCGCGCACGCUGCACCCGCGCCAGCUGGCGCUGCUGAUGGCGGCGGCCUUCCUGCUGCUGGCGGUGGCCGUGGCCGUGCUGCUGCAGGGGCUGGUGGAGCCGCAGCCGUGACGCGCGCUGGCGGUGGCGCAGUCCCGCGCGCUGUCCGUGCUGCCGCCGUAGCCGGCUCGCGAGCUGCCGCCGCAGCCGGCUCGCGUGCGGGGGCCGCCCGCUGGCUCGCGUCCGUCGAUCCGGAUCGAUGUUUACAUUUAGAAUACGAAAAUAUUACCGGCUUUGCAUUUUUUGCAUCGAUGUGAGGUUGCCAUUCAGAGUGUAUAUUUUUUACAGUCGAGCGAGAGAGCCUCGCGUUCUGUCGUGUCUCCUAUGUGUUGUAUCUAAACUUUCACAAAUUUUCAUAAAUCUAGUCUAUGCUUGUAACUUAUUAUUUUAUUUACUGUAUUAGCAAAAUACCGUUGUGCUUGUUUAUACUAUAUUUGAAUACGGAAUCGUAAUAUUUGUUUUGACGGUGAUACGACACGUACUUCCGAUAUUUAAUAUUUCCUCUUUGUACUAUUUUCCAUACAUUUGAUAUUUCAUAUUUUUAUAAAAUUAAAUUAUCGAACGAUCUGUUGCAUAACUUUAUCAGAUUUAAUUAUAAGAAGAUAGCAAACGAGGUGCUCUAUAUUAUUAUUAUUAAUGUUUUGUUAAGAGGGACGUGGCCCCUCGCUCUGCAACGAGUUUCCAGUGUGUGUGCUGUGAUCACUUCCUUAUGCGAAUGAGACUGAUUUUACAAGUAAAUGCUUUGUUUAUAGAAUGAAUCAAUGCUUACCCUUUGAUGACUAACUGUGUCUGCGCCAUUUACAUAUAAGCACGUCUGUUCGUUACUUGUGGCAAGUUGUCGGGGACGGUGAAGCUGCCGGCUGGUGUAAUGUGAACCUAUGUGAAUGGGACAGAGCCACGGCGGAGCGGCCGUGGUCGCUACACAAACAAUCCGAUUUUAUAUGCUCCGAAUGCUUAUUUGAUAGUAUCGAUGUAUACCUAAUUAUAUUGUAUUAUCGAUAACUUCAUAAUAUUGUUGUUUUUAUUCACAGAACAUGACCUUUUAUUGAUGACAUUAUAUAAUAUAGAUUAAUUUGUUUAUAAAUUUAGAGAUUACGAAUUAUUGAGAUUGUUACCACCCGGUAUAAAAGUAAGAAAAGGAUUUCAAUUUUAGAAAAUUAUGUUUCAAAUAUGAUAUUUUAAAUGAAAUUCCCAUACUGGUGUUUGUUACUGUAAUAACAUUAUUAGGAAAUUGUUAACUGAUGUUCAUAUACCUAUAAAUAUAAUUUUAAUAAACGAAUUUCUUGUAGAUAAGAAAAAGUGAAUUUAAGUAUCAUUUAUAUUCAGAAUUAGAUUAAAUAAAGCAUCGUACGGGGUUCGACUUUGAUGUUUCUUAGUAUCAUUAUUCAAUUAAUGUUGUUUCGUGGAGGUAAUGUCGUACAUAAUAAAAUAACAUUGAAUAUUGUCAUUGUUACGUAGGCUUCGUAUUGUAUUGGAGUUUACUUCGCUCGGCGCCGGCCUAUAGUAUCGCGCCGGCGACGGUCAUGUAUGUUGCUGUAUUUAUUUAUUAUUAUUUAUGUUUGAGAUACAAUUACGCACCAAUAAGCAUAAAAUAUAUCGUAAAUAUGUAAUAUUUACUUCUACUGUGAUUAGCUUAUUCUAUUCUUUCUACAUAUAGUAUCUUUAUAAUUAUUGUCUGAAACAUUCCUAGGGUACGUGUUACUUUCGGAUAUCAAAGAACCUUUUUUUAAAUUUGUUAAUAAUUCUGUAGUAGACAAGAAAUUCACUUCGUGCCUAUUUCCGUACGGCAUAAUUUAAAACGUAAGCGCAGCUUACACUGUUAUAAAUUAUUUAAUUUUCGAAAAUUUUAUAAUAAUGAUGAUGUGCAAUUAACAAUUAUUUAUUCUUUAUCGCUUAAUAUAAAUAUUUAUUUUUUAGAAAUUAUAUCAGAAUAGUAUCGUUUAUCAAGUGAAGGAAUCGAUGUUCCUAAGUGAGUUUUACACUGUUGUACAAUACACCGAUUGCAAGCUAAAUUGUGUACUACGGUCAAGCAUUCCAACUUUAUUCCACUUGUAAAUAGGCCUAAUGAAUUCUACGACUUUUAUAAAUGUACAUGCUUUAAUGAAAUGUAAAUAAAUCUGAUGUUCAUGAGCUUCAUGUAAGGAGCAUGUUUAGAUGCUGAACAUGUAUGCGAAUUGAAAUUACUGCAUUGUGUUGAGAACUAAACGUUUUUAAAUUAAUGAGAAUUACGGGGAUAACAUCUCAUAUUGUAUUUGUGUUUGAGUAUGUAACGUAUAACGAAAAAUGUAUAUGUUUUAAUAUAAUAUUUGAUGAUGUUAUGUAUACAAUUUAUUAAACAUGAAUAUAUCAAUAAAACUAUAUUUUGUGUA